AUGGAGGAGUCACCUCUGACACCAUUCAUACCAUUCAACGCUAGGUUAUUGCUUCUCAGACAACAUCAGUGUCUUGCAAAACUUUCCUUUUUAAAAGCCCUACCACAACUAUGCUGUGGCGGCAUUUAUGUUGAUACAGCGUUGGAUUGUGUUCUCAUCGCUGGAAAAAUAAUAUUUAUAAUACCACGUGCUACUAUGAAUAUAUACUACGUAUGUGCGACAUUGGUCGUGCAGUUCCUCACUCUAGCUGUCUCCCAAUACUGUGACGAAGGUUGGUUCCUGUAUGGUGACAGAUGUUUCCACAUCGCAACGUCAGAAGGGUCACUAUCAUGGCACGAGAGCAAUGACGCCUGUCAGGAAAAGGGUGGUAUAUUAGCAGUUAUUGAUAGCCCAGACAUUCAGAAUUUCCUCGGAAAAUUCACAAAAGAGAAGAACUGGAUAGGUUUGCAAGACAUUGAUGAAGAAGGAGAGUUCUUGUGGUCUGAUGGAAGAACACUGAAGGAGACAAGAUAUGCUCAUUGGGAGGACGGCGAACCUGACAAAGACGCGAGUAAUACUAAAGACUGUGUUGAGAUGAAGACGAACACACGAUGGAAUGAUAGGUCCUGUCAGGAUGAGGCCGUGUCUGAUGGAUACAUGUGCCAAAAAGGUCUGAGCGAUGGUGAUAUUGCCGGAAUCGUUCUCGGUGUGAUCGCAGGAGUGCUGCUCAUUCUAGUGAUGAUAUUUGCCGUGUUGUUGUGUCGCGAAGUUACAUCUCAGCGAUGUCCCGAUGGAUGGUUCGCGUUUCAAGAAAGAUGCUUUUGGACUGACCAAACACCAGAAUCAAACACGUGGUACGAAGCUAGUGAUGAGUGUGUUGCUAAAGGCGGUACACUAGCCAUUGUUGAUAACAUAGACGUUCAAAACUUCCUUAAUCAAUUUACAAAAGAGAAGUGCUGGAUUGGGUUGCACGAUUUGGACGAGGAGGGAAAGUUUUAUUGGAUUGACGGUUCUCCGCUGUCAAAGGCCGGUUUUACAUAUUGGGGAGUUGAUGAACCCAACGAACAAGAGGAAAAUUAUGCUGAUUGCGCUGAAAUGACGAAAGAAGGAUUUUGGAAUGAUAAAAAGUGUGAUGAUUUAGAAUGGACAAAGGGAUAUAUGUGUCAGAAAGAUAUCGGUCCAGAACCAACGGAUUCUAGUCUUAGUGGAGGUACUGUUGCAGGAAUCGUCCUCCUUGUCACAAGUUGUUUUUUACUAUGCCUUGUAAUAGUAUUUGCCUGCCUACUACAACGCGAGGACCGUUUACAUAUUCCCUUCUUCAAAGUUUCAACCCAAUGUUCAGAAGGGUGGUUGCCGUUUGCUGGCAGGUGUUUUUGGAUAGAAAACAAUGCUGCGCCGAGAACGUGGUAUGAUGGCAGAGAUGCCUGUAAUCGUGCGGGUGGCACAUUGGCAAUUAUUGAGAGCCAAGAGGUUCAGGAUUUUCUGUAUCAAUUCACAAAAGAAAGAUGCUGGUUUGGUUUACAUGAUUUAGACAGUGAAGGUGAAUUCUAUUGGGUCGACGGGAAUACUCUGACUUCAACAGGCUAUACAAAUUGGUUACCAGGCGAGCCUAACGAGCAGGAAACUAAUAACAAUGACUGCGUUGAGAUGCAAAAAGAUGGGGGAUGGAAUGACAAGAACUGUGAAGACCUCGACUUUACUGACGGGUUCAUGUGCCAAAAAGCAAUGGAACCAAUGACAGAGGACGGUUUGAGUACUGGUGACGUAAUUGGUAUUAUCAUCGGUACUCUCAUCUGUCUACUUCUACUGGCUGUGUUGAUUUACCUUGUCCUUAUUUACAUGCGAAUCUUAGAUGGGAGUUCGGCUUCCCCCACCCGAACUUGGUCAUCAAGCGGAGGUGCUGCAUCCAGAUUCGAAAAUGAGUCUUCCACGACGGAAAAAGUAACUGUCCCGGACAAUGUUAAUUUAGGAAUUGGUUUGAUAAACAAAGUGGAAUGCCCGAGCAAACGAACCAUCGCAGUGACCUCUAGCGAAGAAACGCCCCGUUUUAUAUACCGUGCUACCUCGGAGGAAGCAGUGCACACGAAGUGUUAUCCACAACUGCGUCUGAUUUCAACCCAAAAAUGUAGUUAUGGAUGGUUCGAAUUUGAUGACAGGUGUUUCUGGGUUGACCAGGCAGAAGCGAACAGAACAUGGUACAGUUCUAGGGAUGAGUGUGUAGCUAUGGGUGGAAUACUAGCGGUUAUAGAUAGCGAGGAAGUCCAGGUUUUCCUUGAACAUUUUACCACUGAAGAUUGUUGGAUUGGUUUACACGAUUUAGACGACGAGGGACAAUUCUAUUGGGUCGAUGGAAGGUCAUUGAUUUCAACCAAAUACACGAACUGGAAGGAAGGUGACCCUAAUAUGGAGGACGAUAAUACUAAUGACUGCGCUGAGAUUCAAAAAGACGGCAAAUGGAAUGAUAAGCGUUGUGACCAAAUUGCGUGGACCGUCGGUGUCAUGUGUCAGAAAAGUUUAAGUGGAGGAGACAUCGUCGGCAUCAUUAUUGGAGUUCUGAUAUGCUGGGCUCUGUUACUUUUACUUGUAUACCUUGUCCUGACGUAUCUACACAUUAUUGACAAUAACUCAAAACCCAGUCAUUGGGGAUUGCAUAAAACUGAAGAUGAUACAAGUAAACUCGAUAACGAUUAUCCACCCGAAUCAACAAGUCCGGCACCGGAAACAGCGUAUAGCUGUGACGACAAUUGGCAUAAAUAUAAUGACAAGUGUUAUUAUAUUGGUUCAGUAGAAGCAAAUAUGACAUGGUAUCUAGCUAAAGAUGAGUGUGAUGACAGAAAUAGCAUACUGGCAAUUAUUGAAAACGAGGAAGUUCAAAAUUUCUUAACUCCACUGGUAAAUAUUAGACAUUGGAUUGGGUUGCACGAUUUAGAUGAAGAGGGGCAAUUUUACUGGGUGGAUGGAAGGUCUUUGGACAGUACCGGGUUUAGUAAUUGGCAAGACGGUGAGCCUAAUGAGCAAGGUAAUGGCCAAGACUGCGUUGAAAUGCGGAAUGAUGGUACAUGGAACGAUAAAAAUUGUGUUGACAUCAAAUGGACGGAUGGUUAUAUAUGCCAAUACGAUCUGGUACAACAUAUAGAUGAUACUGGUGAUAUUUGUACCUCAGCGCAAAGAUGUGCUGCCGGAUGGAAAACAUUCCACCAAGGUUGUUAUUAUGUGAAGGAAGCAGAUGCACCGAAGACAUGGUACGAAGCAAGACAACUAUGCGAAGACAUUGGUGGACACUUAGCCAGCAUACAUAGCGCAGAACUCAACGAAUUUCUAGCCGGGCUGCUCAACCGUAACGCCUGGAUUGGUUUGCACGACAUUGGUGUGGAGGAUAAGUUUAUGUGGGUAGAUCAAACGCCACUGGAAAGCGGUGACUAUGAAAAUUGGGAUGAUAAUCAGCCCGAUGAUUGGCCGGAAAUCGGAGGGGAAGACUGCGUUGAAAUUAGAAAAUCAAAUGGCAAAUGGAAUGACAAAUCCUGCAUUAAUGAGACAACAAUACUAGAUUCCUACAUUUGUGAAUCUGUGAUGAACGUACCAAUUAAAUGUGACGAGGACGAUGAUUGGAUGUCCGUGAACGAUAAGUGUUAUAAGUAUUACAGCGCCGCCGCGUCGAUGGCAAGAACGUGGGAUGAAGCGAAAUCGUACUGUGAGGGCGUCAGUGCGAAACUCGUAAAAGUACAUAAUCAGAUAAUUCAGGACUACGUCACUGAGUUGUCGAAAAUAUCGGCAUUAUGGAUCGGGCUAUCUGAUAAGGAAAAUGGUGAAAGCUAUACGUGGGUCGAUGGUUCAAUGUUGAAUUAUGAAAACUGGGCCGAAGGAGAACCAAUAGGCGGAAAUUCUGAAAAUUGCGUCGAAGUGAAAACUUUCAACGACGGAAGAUGGAGUACCACACAAUGUACAAUAACAAAUGCAUUUUUAUGCGAAAAAAACGAAGAUGAAGAACGCGAUAAUUACUUUAUUUGGUCCGAUGGAACGCCUGUUGUUUUUACAAAGUGGAACGAUAAUCAACCCGCGAACACAGAAGGACAAAGCGACUGUGGGACAAUUUACACAGCUGGCUAUUCGGGACCCACAACGUGGCGGGAAGAUGGGCGAUGCGGCUCGAAUUACCCUAAUGCUGACGGUGACCCUGCGGAAUGUGAUCCUAACAACGGACAUCCGUGUUGUUCUCCGUAUGGGUGGUGUGGACAGACCGAUGCCCAUUGUACAUGUCCAUCAUGUAUAGACUAUACAGAAUUCUAUGAACUUGGUGAUUGGGACACGUACAACUGUUACGUUCUUCAAGCAUUUGUAUGUGAAAUACAAGUAGGACGAGACCCAGUACCACUCGAGCCAGGUGUUGGAAUUGGACACUGUGAUCCGGGGUGGAAUCUCCAUGGCGAUUAUUGUUAUCUGCUGGAGACGAAUCAGCUCGCUUUCCAUGACGCCGAGGACGCAUGCGUCGAGUUGGAUGCAAUGCUGACAAGUAUAGUGGAUGGCCAGGAACAAAGUUUUCUCAGUGGUCGAAUUGACAACUAUCGCACAGCUAUGUGGAUUGGUUUACACGAUAGAAAUGGUGAACUGGAUUGGGAAUGGUUAGAUGGGGAACCGUACAGUUUUACAAACUGGGACACCAAUGAACCGAACGACGCUGGGACCGGGGAAGACUGUGUGCAUAUGGUGCACGAUGAAACGAACGUUGGACAGUGGAACGAUAGACCAUGUGAUCAAACACUGGGUUAUGUCUGCAAGAAACAAAAAUACGGUGGUGGCAUAGUAACAGUAGCCCCGAGACCAACGCCGAUUUUUAAUCCACGGUGUGGGAGUGGUUAUGAAUACAACCCUGACACGGCAACUUGCUACAAGUUCGUUCCUGAUUGGGUGGAAGCGGUAACCCAACAUGACGCUGAAGAUAUUUGCAACAAAGGUGGUGGUCAUUUAAUAAGCAUUGAAAAUAGCGAAGAGCAGACGUUUAUAGAUGCUCGUCUUUACGGAUUGAACGUACAUGUUCUUUGGAUUGGUGCCCACGAUUUGGGUACUGAGGGUGGAUGGGAAUGGACUGACGGAAAGCCAUUUUCAUAUCUUAACUGGGGAGAAAACGAACCAAAUAAUGCAGGGGAAGGUGAAGACUGCACUGAGUUAAUCGUAGGCAUGAAAAACUGGAAUGACAUGUCUUGUGAUCAAGAGAUCGGAUAUAUAUGCAAAAAUAAAGGUCCAUUGGUAGACUAUUUCAACGUCUAUCAUAACGCUGCGUUAGAUGGCUACGAUACAAAGAUUAUUGAGGGCCCAGUCUAUCCACAGGAUUGUGCAACUCUAUGUCUGGAAGAAUUGACCUUCACUUUGGAUCGUCCUAAUCCUGUCGUCAUAACACCGUUGCCAAGUGGUUCUCGCUGCAGAUCUGGAUGGUCUAGUUUUGGUAACAAUUGCUACAUGGUAAUAACCACAGGUCAAAGUUGGAAUGAUGCAAAAGAUACCUGUAGACGAGAAGGUGGUGAUCUUGUUUCCAUAGCGGACAAAAACGAAAAUGACUACGUUCUCACACUUAGUCGUGCAUCUUGUGAUGCCUGGUAUAGCGAUUCGACACCUGAUUUUCUCGAUUACCAUUGGAUAGCUGCACCUGGGGAGCAUGUUGUUUUUGAAGUCAUGGCAACUAACGAUGCACAUGUUGCUCUAUCUGAAGACCAAAAUGAUGCUGGUGCUUUUUAUGAGAUAGUGAUAGGCGGCUGGGACAACACACAGUCCGUUAUCAGACGGUGCGCUCAGUGUGCCAAUUUAGUAGAGGUCAGCACUCCUGGGAUAUUGGUUGCCAACAAGUGGAGAGGAUUCUGGAUAACUUGGCGUGAUGGCAUCAUCAAAGUGGGAAAGGAAGACGAAAAUGCGUUUAUGGAAUGGACUGACCCUUCUCCGUUGCCAGUAAACUAUGCUGGUUAUAGCACAGGACGGGGUAGCGAGGGGGAGUUCAAAUUUUGCACCGUUAAUACGCUUGACAAACUUUGGAUUGGUUUGCAUGAUCAAUUGCAGCAGAUGACAUUUCAGUGGAGUGACAUGUCCCCCGUUACAUACACAUUAUGGUCUGCGAGCGAACCAAACAAUUAUCUUGGUCGAUCAGAAGACUGCGUUCUUAUGUAUACUAAUGGUGACAUGGUUGGUCGCUGGAACGAUGAAGAUUGUUUUGCAUUAGUACCAUCGGUUUGCAAAACUGCUAAAGAAGUGCUGCCACCAACUACACCUUCCACGGGUGAUUGCUCGUCAGGGUGGGUAGGCUACCACACGUCAUGCUAUAAGUUCGAGUCCAAUUCUAAAACAAAUUGGAAUUCUGCACAAGAUAUCUGUCAACAGUCCGGGUCAAGUCUGGUAACAGUUAAUGAUAACUGGGAGCAAGCCUUCCUGUCAUCUAGGUUGAGCUCAGAUAGAAACAGUGGAUUGUAUUGGAUUGGUUUAUCAGAUACUUACGAAGUCGGUACUUAUACAUGGGUUAGCAAUGAGCCUGUUGAGUAUACUAACUGGGCCCGUGGAUAUCCAGAGGGUUCUCAGAAUUGUGCCCCAGGAUGGACGAUGUUCCAAGACAGUUGUUUCUAUUUGGGAGGUGCACAGGGGUCACAGUCGUGGUACGAGGCUAGCGAUGAGUGCGCAGGUUUGGGUGGCCAUCUUGCAGUCAUUGACAGCAAGGCACUCAAUGAUUUUUUACAGAAUUUCGGUCUAACGUACUCGUGGAUUGGCCUACACGAUGUCAAUAACGAAGGGAAUUUCGAAUGGGUCGAUGGAACACAACUCAAAGGCGGAGCGUAUAAAAACUGGGACAAUGAUCAACCUGACGACUGGCAAGAACCAAUCUCUAAUGAGGACUGUGUUGAAAUGAGAUCUUCUGGUAAAUGGAAUGAUAAACAUUGUUCUGAGGCGACUGUGUUGGAUGGCUUUAUUUGUCAGCUGGAAAAUCAGGCUUCCUGUACAUCUGGGUGGUGGCCGCAUGGAGGAGACUGUUUUCGUCUAGAAACUACAAAGGGACCUAAGAGCUGGUAUCAAUCAAGUGACGAAUGCACUGGUUUGGGUGGACAUUUAGCAGUAAUAGAUAGUCAGGAACUCAAUGAUUUCCUCGCAGGAUUGGCUAGCUCGAGUUUCUGGAUCGGAUUACAUGACAUCGAUAACGAAGGGAAUUUCCAGUGGGUAGAUGGAACAGCACUUGAUGGCGAUGCGUAUCAAAACUGGGAAGACAAUCAACCUGACGAUUGGGGAGGAAACCACGGUGGUGAGGACUGCACCGAGAUGAGACCGAAUGGAAAAUGGAAUGACAAAUCGUGCUCAGACAUUGAGUACUUGGAUGGUUUUAUUUGCCAACGACCACAGUCACAGGGUUCAUGUUCACACGGAUGGAACAAAUAUCAAGACGGAAACUGUUACAAACUAGAAGCAGCACAGGGACCAAAGACCUGGUUCCAGGCCAGUGAUGAAUGCACUGGUUUGGGUGGACACCUCGUUGUUAUUAGCAACAAAGCCAUCAAUGAUUUCCUCCAAAGCUAUGCCAGCACGUACUACUGGAUUGGUCUACAUGACGUCGAUCACGAAGGGACUUUUCAGUGGGUUGAUGGAACACCGCUCGAUGAUAAUGCUUACAAAAACUGGGAUGAUGGGCAACCUGACGACUGGCAACUUUUUAAUGGCGAAGAUUGUGUUGAAAUAAGACAUAAUAAUGGAAAAUGGAAUGAUAAAAAGUGUACGGAAACUAUAACUUUGGAAAACUAUAUUUGUCAACGGGAAAUGUACGCAGUUGUCGGCGAUUGUGUUGCCAUGGCAUCUGGUAGCGUCGCUACUGGUCUCUGGAGCGGAAAUGGCUGCGGAGAUCAGAAUUCUUACAUAUGUGAGAAACUGAAAGACGGAUACACACAUCCACCGGGCCAAGGACACCAUACUAUUCCAUCUAAUAGAGAUUGUGGUACCGGGUGGAUAGGUUAUGGAUACAACUGCUUUAUGCCGUAUCGUAAACUUGGUGGUUAUGACCAAAAGACUUGGAAUGAUGCCUUGCAGUAUUGCCGUGAUCAGGGUGGUGAUCUGGCGAGUUUCCAUAGUCAAGAGGAAAUGGAUUACCUCAUACAGAACUCGUUGUUGGCCGACGUAUUUGAUUCGUACUGGAUUGGGUUGAAUGACCUUGACAUGGAGACAGGCUUCAAAUGGAGUGAUGGUACGGCUGUUAGCUAUACGAAUUGGGGAAAUUCAGAACCAAAUGAUCAGGGAAACGAAGACUGUGUUGAAAUGUUUGCUGAUGGAUUAUUAAACGAUUGGUGGAAUGAUCUUGAUUGCGACAGAGCCAGAAAUUGGAUAUGCAAGAACCCGAAAAAGGUUAUACCGCAUACAACUCCACCCCCACCAACCCCAACAAAAUCUGCCAGGUGCCAUGACUCAUUGGAUUGGUAUUUAUACAUGGAAUCGUGUUAUUACUUCAGUGAUAUAAGUGAUAGCAUAAACGGGAGGAAGUCUUGGUGGUCUGAUGGAACUCCCGUUGAUUAUGUUUUCUGGGGGCCGGGCGAACCGAACGAUAGUAAUGGAGAGGAAGAGUGUGCUGAGUUGCGUUACUACGACGGUACCUGGAACGACAUGAAUUGUGGUGAUCGUAUGACGUAUGUCUGUAAGAAAUUCAUAGGAGUGGCACCACCAACCCAUGACCCCACGGUGCCACCUGAUGGCAACUGCCCUGCUAAUUUCACGUUGUCUCACGGUGGGAAAUGUUAUGCGUUUCGUGGCGUGGAUGGUGAAGUGAGCGCUGAUUGGUUUGAAGCGAGAAAACAAUGUCAAUUCACACCAGGCGGUAAUCUGGCUACUAUACACAGCCAGGAGGUUCAAGCGUAUCUAACAAGCAACCUGCGUGACGUCAAAUCUGAAUUGUGGAUUGGACUGAGCGACACCGUCAAUAAUCACGUAUAUCGUUGGACUGACAAUUCGCCUGUUGAUUAUUAUAAUUGGGCGCCAGGGGAACCGACUAGUAAAGCUGAUGGUGAGGGAUGUGUAAUGCUGACCUUAUCUGGUGGAUGGGAUGAUACAAACUGCGACACUCAAACAGCAGCUGUAUGUAAAUAUUGGAUAGGUGAUCGCCCGACAACCCCCAAACCUUCUGUUGGAACUUGCCCGACGGGAAACAGCAGUAUUUGGGUUGAGCGCGGAGAUUAUUGUUAUAGCUUCACGAGUCUCGAAGAUGGCAAGAACUGGCCCGAGGCAUCAUUUGAGUGUCAGAAAAUUGGAGGGUAUAUUGUCACCAUUUCCGGACAAGACGAAAAUGAUUUUAUUGAAAGAAGUAUUGUGAGCAGCUGGACCGUGUCGUCAAUUUGGAUUGGUCUAGUCCGCAACUCAUUUGGUGGCUUUGAAUGGGAGGGCGGUGGAGCGCUGUCAUUCACUAAUUGGGUUCUUGGUGAACCGAACAACCACGAAAGCUCCGAAGACUGCGUUGAGAUGUAUGUGGCUUCUGGAGAAUGGAACGACAACAAUUGUUACGAAGAACGAGGAGUAGUGUGCAAGGCAGAUAAAGGACUUUGCCGAAUUGACGCUAAUUUUGUCUUAAGCUCUGAAAUCGCACAGUCUGUAACUUGA